GGGAAAAUAAGGAAGGAAAGGAAGGAAAGGAAGGAAAAGCAAAAGUAAAAAAAAAAAGGAGCUUGGACCAAGCUACAUCGGUCAAGUUGCCCACCAUUUUUAUUCAAUCUAUCGAAUCAACAUCGUCAUUCGGCCUGUGAAAUUGACAAGUUGCUGAAUUCGGGUACAUUGACCAUCAACUACAAUAUUCAACCAAGGUCAGAAGAAUGGCGAUCUUAUAAAAUCAUAUUUUAUUUUAUUGUUGUUUUUUCUACUUUUUUUCCUAUUUUCCUAUCUUUUACGCCGUUCACCUUUUAACGGCUUACACCGCCAGCGUCUCCCUUAAUUCUCUCUGUACUGGCUUUUCUAGGUUCUUAUAAAAACGUGGCCUCCGCCGAGAACCGUGCUUCCUUCUAUCGAAUCGUGGCCACAAGUCGGACAAUUAGUACCCUAGCAACUAAGCAACCAGCUACAACCACCGAACAACUAAGAACCCAACGUCUCCUAAUACGAUCCGACUAUAAGCUCCUUUAACGCGAUCCCGGAUUUAUUGUGCACCGAAUAAUUAGGACGUUGGUAAUAAGGAUUGUUCCAAAAAAAAGACGGACGGGAGGAAAAUAGUAUCAAAACAGCCCACCUCAGGUCAGGUUAACAUCACCGACCAAUUGCGCCAAUAUGGCUGCCCCUAACGACGGCUACGGCCAAUAUCCCCCACAACAAUACAGCCAAGAGGCCCCCUAUACUGACCAACCACCAGCGGGAUACGAAGGGCAAACCUCACCUCCCCCGCAAUCUGUAUCGCAUCAUGACGCUGGAAAGAAAAAGAAGAGGGGUUAUGCUACUCAAGCUUUCGAAAUUGGCAGCGGCGCGAACGCCGGUGCUACCGGUAGACCAGGCGAAUCAGUCCCUCCUGGCUUUGUAGGAGGUCCUGGUCCCCAGCCUUCUCCUGGCUACGGUGGCUAUCCCGCUCAAGAUUUCCAGCAGCCCGGAUAUGUCUCUCCCGGCCCUGCACCGUACGGCGCUCCGCCGCAUCCAGGUGCUCCUGUCCAGCCAGGAGUAGCUGGCUAUCAGUCACCCGAUCCUUACUACCAACCCGGAGUCGGUCAACCGCCGGGUGUUGGUAGCAUAACCCAGGGCAUGGCCGGUAUGAAUAUGGGAGCUACUCCUCAGCCUGGUGUCCAACAGCCUCCCCAGCAUGGCCAGCAAGCUCGGCUGUCUCUAAAUCAACUCUAUCCUACCGACUUAUUAAAUCAACCUUUCAACGUCUCCGAACUUGAUCUUCCCCCGCCUCCUUGUAUUCUACCGCCAAAUGCCAGUGUAACCCAGUCGCCCGACGCAAACUGCCCCCCUAAAUAUGUCCGGUCUACAUUAAAUGCGGUCCCCACCACGCAUUCCCUACUCAAAAAAUCCAAGAUGCCUUUUGCCCUUGUUAUUCAGCCCUACGCCGCUCUUCAUGACAUCGAUGACCAAGUGCCAGUUGUGCAGGACCAAGUUAUAGCUCGUUGCCGGAGAUGUAGGACAUACAUUAACCCUUACGUGAUCUUCCUUGAUCAAGGUCACAGGUGGAGAUGUAAUAUGUGCAACCUUACCAACGACGUUCCACAAGCAUUCGACUGGGAUGCUGCUGCUCAAAAGAGUGUUAACCGAUGGGAUAGAUACGAGUUGAACCAUUCUGUAGUUGAGUUCGUGGCUCCUCAAGAGUAUAUGGUCCGUCCUCCGCAACCGCUCGUAUAUCUAUUCCUUUUCGAUGUCAGCUAUGCUGCUGUUUCCACUGGUCUUCUCGCUACGAGCGCGCGAACCAUUCUCGAUAGUCUUAAUAGGAUACCGAAUGCGGACCGACGAACUCGGCUAGGAUUCAUUGCGGUCGACUCAAGUCUACACUAUUUCUCUAUUCCCAAAGACGACGAAGAAAAUGCGGAGACGAGCAUGCUUGUUGUUAGCGAUCUGGAUGAGCCGUUCCUGCCCGUGCCUCAAGACCUACUAGUUCCCUUAAUAGAAAGUCGAAACAGCGUGGAGAACUUUCUGACCAAACUCCCCGACAUGUUCCAAAACAACCAAAGUAACGGAUCGGCUAUGGGUUCGGCUUUGAGGGCUGGCCACAAGCUUAUUUCACCCUUGGGUGGUAAGAUUGUUGUUCUAAGUGCUUCGCUACCGAACAUGGGAAUUGGGAAGUUGGAAAUGCGAGAAGAUAAGAAACUUCUUGGCACUUCUAAAGAAAGCGGUCUUCUUCAAACCGCCAACAGUUUCUACAAAUCGUUUGCUGUUGAAUGUUCUAAGAACCAGGUCUCUAUUGACAUGUUCCUCUUCUCCUCACAGUACCAAGACGUAGCCUCGCUUAGUAACCUCCCUCGGUACACUGGUGGUCAGACUUGGUUUUAUCCGGGAUGGAACGCAGGUCGAGCGGAGGAUGCAGUCAAGUUCGCAUCAGAGUUUAGCGACUUCUUAUCUUCGGAGAUUGGAUUGGAAGCGGUGCUCAGGGUACGGGCCACGACUGGUUUACGUAUGAGUACAUUCUACGGAAACUUUUUCAACAGGUCUUCAGAUCUCUGCGCCUUCCCCGCCUUCCCUCGCGACCAAUGUUACGUGGUUGAAGUGGCUAUCGACGAGACUCUACAGAAGAACUACGUUUGCCUGCAAGCUGGUGUUCUAUACACUAAUUGCAAUGGAGAACGACGUAUCCGGGUUCUGACCCUAGCAAUUCCCACAACUACCAAUCUCGCAGACGUUUACGCUUCGGCGGAUCAGUGCGCCAUAACGACAUACUUCACUCACAAGGCUGUGGAGAGAGCUUUAAGCAGUGGUCUAGAUGCCGCCCGCGAUGCUCUUCAGAGUAAACUUUUGGAGCUACUACAAACCUUCAAGAAGGAACUUGGUGGUGGAAGCAUGGGAGGUGGUGGUUUACAAUUCCCUGCUAAUUUGCGCGGCCUUCCAGUGCUUUUCCUGGGUCUAAUAAAACACGUCGGUCUCCGGAAAUCAGCACAGAUCCCAUCCGAUCUCCGAUCAGCGGCUCUGUGCCAACUUUCUACGUUACCCCUGCCACUUCUCAUGCAGUACAUCUACCCGCGGUUGUUCUCGUUACACGAUAUGCCCGAUACCGCUGGGGUCCCCGAUCCGGAAACGAGCCAGAUCAUUCUUCCGCCCCCAUUGAACUUGUCUUCAGAACGAUUCGUUUCAUACGGUCUAUACCUAAUCGACGAUGGCCAGACACAGUUCCUAUGGGUUGGAAGGGAUGCUGUGCCGCAACUUCUAAUGGAUGUAUUUGGUGUAGCAGACCGUACGCAACUACGCGUCGGUAAGGGAUCGAUCCCAGAGCUAGAUAACGAUUUCAACGAACGGGUACGGGCUGUAAUUCAGAAGAGUCGGGACCACCUAUCACGUGGAGUAGGAAGCAUAAUCGUGCCGCAUCUAUAUAUCGUCCGAGAAGACGGCGAACCGAGCUUGAAACUGUGGGCACAGACAUUACUAGUAGAAGAUCGGGCAGACCAAGGAAUGAGCUUCGGCCAGUGGAUGGGAACGAUGAGAGAAAAGGUAAGCUCCUGAUGAUCACAAAACCAAAUAAAAGCAAGCACGGAUCUUUCUCUCUCACUUUUUUCUCUGUCUGUCUCUCCGACUUAGAUAGUUUUAUAUGAAACUUCACAAAGACCAAUUGCUCACGUUUUGCUUCUUGCGCUUCUUGAUUGUUUAGGUUGUUCAGUAGUACUGCGUAGUCGAACGCCUUCGGGAGGAGCAGGAUG